AUGUCUCGUAAAACAAGAAAAAACAAUUCACCAACACAACUUUCAACUCCUGUCUCAAGCCCAACUAUGAAUGAUAACACUUAUCAAAAAAGACCUAACAGAAGAAAUAAUAGUAAUCCUGUUAGACCAACAAAUACCAAACCAAAUGACACUGUUCGUUCUUUAAAACUAUCACCAGCUUUGACUGUCAGAGAAAGCAUUUCAAUUGUCGAAGCAUCACAACUCAUGGCUGCCAAACGUGCUGACUGUGUUUUGGUAAUUGAUGGAGAGGAAGCUUUAUCAGGAAUAUUUACUACUAAAGAUCUGGCUUUCAGAGUAGUAGGCGAUGGCUUAAAUCCAAGAACAACGGCUGUAAAACAAAUUAUGACAAACGAUCCAAUGUGUAUCAGAGAGGAUACAUCAACUAAUAAUGCUCUUAGUACAAUGCUUACACGAGGGUUUAGACAUCUUCCUGUAUGUAAUGAAGAAGGAGAUAUAGUAGGAAUUUUGGAUAUUACAAAAUGUUUGUAUGAAACUUUAGAAAAAUUAGAACAUGCUUAUGAAUCUUCUAAAAAACUUUAUGAUGCUCUUGAAAAUGUUGAGAGAGAAUGGUCUAACCAGUCAACUUCAGUUUUACAAUAUAUGUCAGUUUUAAGAGAGAAAAUGGCAUGUCCUGAUCUGGCCACUGUGCUAGAUGGUUCUCCACCUGUGCAAGUUGGUACUAGAAAUUCCGUUAGAGAUGCAGCUAGAUUAAUGAGAGAGUAUGGAACAACUGCCGUUUUGGUAAUGGAUGACCAUAAUAUGAUUGCAGGUAUUUUUACAAGUAAAGAUAUUGUUUUGAGAGUAAUAGCUGCAGGUUUAGAUUCUUCCACAUGUGGCAUUGCUAGGGUAAUGACUCCUCAUCCUGAUACUGCUCCUCCACGUACUAGUAUCCUGGUUGCAUUAAAAAAGAUGUAUGAUGGUCAUUAUUUGAAUUUACCAAUUGUUGAAAAUGGAAUUAUUUUAGGAAUGGUUGAUAUGUAUUUAAUGCAAGAUCAAGAAAAUGUUCCUGAACCAGGUGGUCCAUUGUGGAAUAAAUUUUGGAAUUCGCUUGCAAAUGAUGGAGAUAACGACUCAUUCAUUUCAGAUUCAAUAACACCAUCACAAAGUGCUUCCAAUGUCCCUCCCCAAUCGCCACCUCAUAUGAUUGGAACAGGCUACAUUACUCCAAUUUCAGAAAUUCAUCCUGGUGAAUCGGCAUCAGCAAUUGAUGAUGGUUCCGCAAUAUCUUUCCCUCGUUGCCAUGAAGAAAACUUUUUUACUUUCAAAUUCAAAGCUCCAAAUGGUAAGUCACAUCGGUUUACUGUUGAUUACACGAGCUUUGAAAAUAUUCUUUCAACUGUGACAUCCAAGCUUCCAUCAACCACCAAGGAUUUCAGCAUUUCUUAUAUGGAUGAAGACAAUGAUUACGUUACAAUAUCCUCUGAUGAUGAUGUUUUUGAUGCUGUUCGUAUAGCACAACAACAAGGUCAAAUUGAAAAGAAAACGAAAAGAAAAUCCAAGGAUUCAAAUGAACCAGCUUCAACCAAUUUGUUAAUACCUAGUGUAGUUCUUUUUGCUACAGUAAUAGUUUUAGGUGUAUUCAUAUUGUUAAAACCUUCUAAAUAA